AUGUACAUAACUGAUAACAAAGGAAUAAAAACGGCUGGUCUUCUUGGUACAACUUUAAAUGUAAUUGGAGCAUCGAUUCGGAUGAUUGCCUCGAUUCCUUUCAUAAAAUCACAUUUUGUUCGUGAAUGUCUUCUUCAUGCAGGAUCGUUUAUCGCUGCUUCAGCACAAGCAUUCUUUUUAGUUCUUCCAUCAAAAAUUGCUGAAUGCUGGUUCCCUGGUGAUCAGAGAGCAAUUGCAAAUGUACUUUCUUUUGUUGCAAAUCCUGCCGGUGUUGCCCUGGGAACAAUUGUGCCAUCCAUUCUUUUUGGUCACAAUAAGACUAUUGAUUCGAAUAGUUGGAUGUUCUUCACAUUUACUCUUGGAAUGGAAUGUCUAGCCUUGUUUCCAUUUGUUCUAGCACUAUUCGUUCGAACUAAACUGCCACCCACUCCACCAUCAGCUUCUUCUGCUGCUCAUCAGAACAACAUUGGUUUCUUUAAAUCUAUCCUUCAAUGUAUUUUUAAUGCUCAAUUUUUCAUCCAAAUGACUCUCUUUGCAUUUGCGUUUUCGCUUCUGUGGAGUCUAAUGAUUUUUCUCGAUGGUCCACUCAAAGAUCAAGGUUAUGAGAUGGCUGGAUAUCCAACUGCCGUGUGUGCAAUCGUUGGCACGUUAACAUCACUGCUCGCUGGUCAUAUUGCCGACAAAACACGCAAGUUCAAGGAAAUAAUCAGAGUUUGCACUGUUGGAUUUUCAUGUUCAGUCAUUACAUUGAGAAUGUUCCUAAAUCAACCACGGACUGGACUCUUUGAUAGCAUAAUCGUUUACACUCUUUAUGGAUGUCUCGGUAAGAUAAUAUUUUACCAAAGUUUUGUAGAUAUCUUCCUUCUAAUAAUUGUAUUCUGA